CUUUGAGAAGCCACGUACGACUGCAUGAACAAUCUUCAGCCCCUCGUUUCCAAAAAUAAAUAAUAAAAAAAGAGUGUUGCUAAUUGUUUGGAUGAAUGUGUGUGUGUGUGUGUGUGCUUAGCUUCAACAUCAACAAAGGGCUGCGCAUUGGCCGUGGACUACUUUGCGAACUCACGAAUAUGGGCAUGCCGGUGGCAGUCGAACUCCUUGAUACCAUUUCCCCACAAUAUCUUGCAGACCUGAUCUCAUGGGGUGCCAUUGGCGCCCGAACAACCGAGUCGCAACUGCACCGUGAACUUGCCUCAGGGUCAUCGUUCCCCAUCGGCUUCAAGAACGGCACGGAUGGUAAUCUCAACAUUGCCCUCGACGGGAUCCGAGCAGCCGCAGUUUCACACCACUUUUUGGGCAUCACUCGCCAAGGUGUCACGGCGAUCACCCAUACAGAGGGCAAUCCUGACACGCACAUCAUCCUACGUGGCGGCUCUGGCGGUCCCAAUUAUGAAAAGGAGUACAUUAAGGAUGCACGCGCCCAGUUGGAAAAAGCCAAACUGCCUGCGUCGAUCAUGGUCGAUUGCUCGCACGGUAACUCGAGCAAGGACCAUCGCAACCAGCCCAAAGUUGCAAAGGUACUCGCGGAUCAGAUCGCCCAAGGUGAAGAUGCUAUUACUGGCAUUAUGCUCGAAUCACAUUUGUUUGAGGGCAAGCAGAGCGUUCCAGCAGAAGGCGCCAUGGCACUCAAGUACGGUGUAUCGAUUACAGACGCAUGCAUUGAUUGGGAUACGACGGAGGAUGUCUUGGAAUGUUUGGCUGAAGCGGUCAUAGCCAGACGCAAGGCCUCAAACAAACCAUGAAAGCAGGAGGGACCAUCUUAUGUAGUAGUGAAAGUGAAAUGCAAAUACAGAUUUUAUAGUGCUUUUUUUUAAUAUGUAAAUGUUAUGUUAGUGUUGUGCUGUGAGUGUGUGUGAAAAGAAGAGAGAGAGAGAGAGAGAGUGUGUGUGUGUGUGUAGAAUGUAAGGGUGAAUAUUUUUUAGCUUUGAUGGGUCAUGACUCGUUCCAGCGAAG